AUCAACUGACAGACACAAUUUAAUGGAGUACUUAGUACACUGUACGUACUGUUGUUGCAGUAAAAAAAGAGAGAUGUGGUGAUGAUGUCACCGCGCGUAGUGAUUUUAAAAUGUCAGUACAGUACAUAAAUAGCGCUAAUGAUAAACUAGUUUAUUUAAAUUGUUUAAUAAAAACAAUAAUCAGCUGAUUGAAUGACGAUACUCAACAACAAAGCAAAAUGCGUGACCUCGUUCAAUAGUCAAUUCUCUGCUUACUAUUUAUGUUACCAGAGGCGUUGGAUGAUGAUAUACACCGACCAAUCAAAAUUUUUAUUUAUUUCUGACAGUUUUCCACGGAAAGCGCGAACGCGCUUUGAUUGAAAUUUUUUUUUUUGGUAAAUUUACUUACUGACGGGUAGGAAAUACUGACAGAAUUUUUGAAUUUUAGUUUUUUGAGUAAGUUUUGAAUUGUUAUGUCAUUUGAAUCAUGAAAAUCUGGAAAAAUGUGUGACAAAUUUUUUUGGGAGUUAUAAAAAUUGUGUGUGAAUUGUAGCCCAGCCUUAAGGCUCUUUAUAAAUUCAUGUGGUACGUAAAUAAUAAUAAUAAAUCGUGUAAUUAUAAUUAUUUUUAACUACACGUCAAUAAUUUUCGUAUCCAAGUAAAAUGUAAACAUGUCCAGAGUGAGAAUGAGCCUCGGAAAUUUCCCCCACUACCGACUACUCCUAAACUGUGCAUGUAAUCAAAAGUGGGAGAAAAUUACGCACACAGAACACCCAGAGUGGGGGUAAAAACCGAAAACACCCGAGAUAAUUAUCAACAAAAAUAUUUAAACCGCCACAUGUAAUAACCUACGUGUAAAAUAAAUAUGUAAAUAUAUAAUUAUAAUAUAUAGUUAUAAUAUAUAUAUUAUAACAUAUUGGUAUUGAUAAGAUUAUGCAAAAAUGGCUAAACAAUUGAAGAAAAAAUUAACAACUAAUACAAAUACAGUAAUUUUAAAAAGCGACCAAUUAAAAUCUAGUAAUGAGUUGAUAGAUAACAAAGGAAUUUAUGCAAUAUUUAUACUUGUUUCUGCGAUAAAAUUUCUUUUGAUUCCAACAUAUCAUUCAACGGAUUUUGAAGUACACAGAAAUUGGCUGGCUAUAACCCAUAGCUUACCGAUCAAAGAAUGGUAUAUCAAUGCUAAAUCAGAAUGGACAUUAGAUUAUCCACCUUUUUUUGCAUGGUUUGAAUUUUUUUUAAGUCAAAUAGCUAAAUAUGUUGACCCAGAAAUGUUAAAAAUAGACAACUUGAAUUAUGAAUCACCUGGAACAAUAAUAUUCCAAAGAACAACUGUUAUUAUUGCAGAUUUUAUAUUUUUAUAUGGAGUUAUACAGAUUGGAAGAGUAUUUUGUACCUCACAAUAUAAUUUUAUGGCAUUCGGUUGUUUGUCAUUGUGCAAUAUCGGCCUACUGGUGAUUGAUCAUAUACAUUUUCAAUACAAUGGAUUUUUAUUAGGAAUAUUAUUAUUGUCAAUUGCACGAGUUUGUAAAAAUGAAAGUAUUAGUAUUUUACAAGGAGCCGCAUGGUUUGCAAUUUUACUGAAUCUCAAACAUAUUUAUUUAUACGUCGCUCCAGCAUUUAUUGUUUGGUUACUUAAAUGGUAUUGCUUCAAAGAUAAUAAAUUUUUUACAAGACUUAUCCAACUUGGUAUGAUCGUCAUAACAAUAACGUUUGCUUCCUUUGGGCCAUUUAUGUCUCAAUUACCUCAAGUACUCGCAAGGCUUUUUCCUUUUAAGCGAGGUCUAGUCCACGCAUACUGGGCCGCAAAUGCCUGGGCUGUAUAUAUAGGCGCUGAUAAAGCAUUGUCAUUAAUUUGGAAACGGUUUGGUUGGAUAUCAGGAAUAAAAACUGCAGCUAUGACCGGUGGUCUAGUGCAAGAAGAUUCUCUAACUAUUUUACCAACUCCUACACCUCUUGUUACAUUUGCCGCUACAUUUAUAUCAAUGCUACCCGCUCUUUUUUUCAUACUAAAACGAAACCACAAAGACUUAAAACCAGAAGAUUUUUUAAGAUGUAUUGUUUUGUGUGCAUUAAGUUCAUUUAUAUUUGGAUGGCACGUUCAUGAAAAAGCCAUUUUGACUGCAAUCAUUCCACUGAGUGUUUUAGCUGCACUCAAUAUAAACGAUGGCAGAAUAUUUAUAAUUCUUAGCACGGCAGGACAUACAGCGAUUCUACCUCUUCUCUUUACCGCUGAUUUAAUUUUAUUAAAAAUUUUAAUGCAUUUAGUUUACAUGUCAGCUGUCAUUUUAUGCUUACAAGAAUUAUUUAAUUCAUCAUUACUAAAAAUUCACGAAUGGAUUUACGUGACCAUUUUACCAUUUAUAACAAUUUACGAAACUCUUAUUCACAGGAUUAUUUUUCAACAAAAUUUACCAUUUUUACCGCUAGCGUUAACUUCAAUCUACUGUGCAAUUGGUGUUAUUUACUCAUGGAUAUUUUACUACUAUGUAUUUUAUACUAAUUGUACCGUGACUGACAUAGAAAGCAUGAAUGUGAAAACAAAUCAAAAUGUACAAAUUAUAUCUGAUGAUUUAAAGAAAAAAAAUAAAUGAUUUACAGAAAACUGUUAAUAAUUUUAAUUAUA